AUGGCAAUUGCGGUGAAGCUCCGUAUGAUCAUCGCCGCCGUGCUCCUCUAUUUCACGGCGGUUGCCUCCCAGAAUCUCACGACUUUCACUGCUACGUACGGACCAUUCAAUUACAGCUACAGAGAUAUAUUCGACCUGGAGAACUCAGCCACCACCUUCCACAGCGCACUCCGGUUGACCCCGAACUUGGCCUACCAGAAGGGCUUGUUGCGCGUGCCACUCGAGAACCUGUCCGGACGAGUGAUGUUGAAACAACCAUUCAAGUUGUGGGAACAAGGUUACAACAAAACCCCGGACAGGGUUGCCUCGUUCAACUCCUCCUUCCUCUUCAGCGUGUACCCAUUGGGCCGUAAUACCACCCCGGGCGAAGGGCUGGCCUUCUUCUUAGCCCCCCACUUGUCCCUUCCGUCAAACAGUUCCGGCCAAUAUCUGGGCCUGACCAAUAUCGACACCGACGGCUCCCUGCAAAACCGCUUAGUAGCCAUCGAGUUCGACAACGUCAAACAGGCAUUCGAUCCGGAUGCUAACCACGUGGGGCUCAAUAUAAACAGCAUCAUAUCUACUGUUAAUACCUCUUUGACCCCAUUGGGAAUUGAACUCGCUCCACUGGGCGAGGCCAGGUUUUACAAUGCCUGGGUCCAGUACGACGGGGUGAGCAAGGUCAUUGAGGUGUACAUUGCGCGACAAUCCAAGUUACAUGGGGAGACGCCCUCCAAGCCCGAUAAACCAGUCUUGAAAUCAAAUCUUGAUUUGAGCGGGGUUUUGGAUCAGUACUCAUACUUUGGUUUCUCGGCAUCCACGGGAGAUGGUGUGCAGUACAACAAUGUCUAUAGGUGGAACUUGACGGUGGACUCCUAUUCGGAUAAUGCUCCGGAGCCGCAGUACAAGCAUACUCUAUGGAAAAAGACUCUACUUGUAGUUGGGGUUGCAAUUCCACUGCUUAUGAUGGGUGUAGGAGUGACGGGUUAUUAUUACCUACGCAAGAAGCGAUCAGUGGCACAGUCCGAUGUCUUCCUAGGGGCAUUGAGGAGAUUGCCAGACACCCCGAGGGAGUUCCGAUUCAAGGAUUUGAAGAAGGCGACCAACAACUUCAACGAGAAGAACAAGUUGGGCGAGGGUAGUUUCGGUGUAGUAUAUCGAGGCCACCUACAGAAUGAAAAUGAAAAUCCGGAGGUGGCCGUCAAGUGGUUUUCUAAGGAAACUGUGAAAGGUCAGGAUGAGUUCUUGGCAGAGUUCACCAUCAUCAAUCGUCUCCGCCACAAACAUCUUGUCCGACUGCUUGGAUGGUGUCACGAGAAAAGAAAGCUGCUACUUGUAUAUGACUACAUGUCGAACGGUAGUCUCGACGCACACCUAUUCACUAGAACACCUGACAACAACCCACUAAGCUGGGAUCAGCGUUACAAUAUCAUCUCUGGGGUGGCCUUGGCCUUGAACUACCUCCAUAAUGAGUAUGAACAGAGCGUGGUCCACCGGGACCUUAAGGCCAGCAACAUCAUGCUGGACUCUAACUUCAACGCUCGACUGGGGGAUUUUGGCCUCGCCCGCGCCCUAGACAAGGAGAAGACCUCGUAUAUAGACAUCAAUGGGGUGAUCGGCACACCGGGCUACAUUGCGCCUGAAUGCUUGUUGACAGGUAAAGCCACCCAGCAGUCCGAUAUCUAUGCGUUCGGUGCAGUCUUGUUGGAAAUAGUUUGUGGCUUGCGACCUGUAACAAGGAUCAAUGAGUUCCUCUUCUUGCUUGAUUGGGUCCGAUGCUUGCACCGAGAAGGCCGUAUAUUGGAUGCUGUAGAAGAGCGGCUCGGGAAUGAGUAUGUUGCUGAGGAAGCUCAGAAGGUGCUGAUUUUGGCUUUGGCAUGUUCUCAUCCAACACCAAGCGAAAGGCCUGAAACUCAAGCAAUUGUUCAGAUCUUGUCAGGUUUAGUUCCGGUGUCUUAUGUGCCGCCAUUCUAGUCGGCCUUCGUAUGCUGUCAAUUGCUUUUGUGGAAAAAGGUCAUCAGAGGUAUUAGGAACGCACACAAUCAGCCAUGUCCUCGACCGAAGAUAUUCCAGCCCAUGAUUUUAGCACCUCAUGUUUAAUACUCUAUUUCCAUGUACCAUUCUCAUUUAGUCCCGUAGUAAAUAUUGUAAUCAUCAUAUAAUCUU